CAUUUUGAGGACUAUAAAAGUUGGAUUGGAGUUUUGGAAAAUCAUCAGUUCGACAGGUGCUUCCAUCAAGAGUACGCCUAGUACUCUGAGUGCUAAAUAAAAGAUUGUUCCAAAGGAGGUUGAGAAAAUGAAGGUUUUGGUCGCUAUCGUUCUAGGGAUCGCGUUUGUACCGUGCAUGGUGCGAGCAUGUGACUGUUUGUACCCGAAAUACAGGCCAGAUCCUGACACUUGUUGCAAAUACUAUGUUUGUGAUAAUUGCGUAGAAACACACAUGACUUGUCCUAAUGGACUUCAUUGGAAUAACAAAACAAACUCUUGUGAUUGGCCAUGCAAUGCAGGCUGUGGUACAGGGAGUCCAGUAAACCCAAUCCCAGGAACCACAACAACGACGACGCCUUCAACAACGACGACGUCUUCAACAACUACGACGCCUUCCACCACCACCACCACCACCACCACCUCCACGACAACAACAAUCCCUGGCCCAACGUCACCAGGGGGUUGCGAUUGUGAAUGCAAGGAUGGCGACUACACGAGCGGAGAUAGCUGUUGCAAAUACAAAGUUUGUGUGGCUGGAAAAUAUGUUGACAUGACGUGUGCCGGAGGAUUGCAUUGGAAUAAUAAAACAAAAGCUUGCGAUUGGCCUUGUUAUGCGGGAUGCGCAAAUGGUACCGGAACUUCCCCACCGGUUAUCACACCACCACCCGGGACAGGUUGCGGGGAAUGUGAGUCUGGUGCAUACGCCGCGGUUGACGGAGAAGCCUGCAAGUAUAAGGCUUGCGCCAAUGGAUGCUGGACAACUCUGAAGUGUCCUGCUGGCUUGAUCUGGGAUCAAGCUUUAACCUCCUGCAAAUGGCAAAUUUGCGCAAACAGCAAACAGUUAUUGGUCUCUAUAGUUCUAGGGAUCAUACUUGCACCAUGCAUGGUGCAAGCAUGUGGCUGUGGUUACCCAGGUUACAGGUCAGAUCCUGAGAGUUGUUGCAGAUAUUUGGUUUGCGAUAAUUGCAUUGAAAAAACAAUGACUUGCCCUAAUGGACUUCAUUGGAAUAAUAAAACACAAGCCUGUGAUUGGCCAUGCAAUGCUGGUUGCGCAGGAGGCGAGGGGGGAGAAGUAACUCCACCAGUAGAACCAACAACUGGGAUCCCCACUCAAUCACCACCAACAGUAACACCCCCACCCAUAACCGGAACACCAUCAACUGGCUCUCCAGGAUCUUGUUGCGAAUGUAACGAAGGUCAAUACACAAGCGGUAGUGAAUGUUGUAAAUUCAGGGUAUGUGAUCAUGGAAAGUAUGUCGAACUGAGAUGUCCCGGAGGAUUGCACUGGAAUAAUAAAACAAAAGCUUGUGAUUGGCCUUGUAAUGCGGGAUGUGCAGAAGGUGGAGGCGAAGGAGGCGAAGGAGGAGAAGUAACGCCACCAGUAGAAACAACCACAGGGGUCCCUACCCAACCACCACCAACAGAAGAACCAACCACAGAGGUCCCUACCCAACCACCACCAACAGAAGAACCGACCACAGAGGUCCCUACCCAGCCCCCACCAACAGAAGAACCAACAACGGAGGUCCCUACCCAACCACCACCAACAGAAGAACCCACCACAGAGGCCCCUACAACAACAGAGAUCCCCACCCAACCUCCACCAACAACUGAACCACCAUCAACUUGCUGUCCUGGAUCUUGCUGCGAAUGCGACGAAGGUCAAUACACAAGCGGAAGUGAAUGUUGUAAAUUCAGGGUAUGCGAACAUGGAAAGUAUGUUGAAUUAAAAUGUCCCGCAGGAUUGCACUGGAAUAAUAAAACAAAAGCUUGUGAUUGGCCGUGUAAUGCGGGAUGCGCAAAUAUUACCGGAACCAACCCACCUGUUAUCACUCCCCCACCUAUUGUCACUCCCUCAUCUGUAAGUCCUCCACCCGUUGUAACUCCUCCCGGGACAGGAAAUCCUGGUUGCGGAGAAUGUGAAUGCGGCACCUUCUCCCCAGUUGACGGAGAAGCCUGUAAAUAUAAGGUUUGCGAUAAUGGAUGCUGGACAACUAUGAAGUGUCCUGCGGGUUUGAUCUGGAAUCAAAAUGCAACAACUUGCGCAUGGGGAAACUGUCAACACUGUGAAAGUUCCAAAUGAAGGCUAAGUUGAUCACUGGAGUCGAAAUUAUGCAAAGGAUCAGGAUUUGAAUGGACACAUUUUCUAUUUUUAUCUCCAAUUAUACAUGGAAAUAUAUAUAUAUAAUUCAAAUUA